CCAUCGUCUCCUGGGAGCUUAGUUCAGUUUGCCGAAGGAGGAAACUGUAACUUGUGAGAGCUUCGAAGCAGUGUAGUUCGUAUUUUGAUUCCAUUCGAUUCGAUUCGGUUUGAUUUAUUGGGAUCUGCAUUGAGUUUCUAGAUCAACUUUCGAAUUUCGAUCCCUGGAGAUCCACGAUGGUGAAGCCCAGGUACUCGCGCCUUCCUCCUCGGAAAUCAUCUUUGUCCACGCUCAUCCUCACCUUGCUCGUCAUCUUCACCUUCCUCAUUCUCAUCCUUCUUGCUCUCGGCAUUCUCUCCGUUCCCAAUAGUUCUGGUGAUCGUGAUUUGCCCAAGGCCAAUGAUCUUAACUCCAUAAUUCGUAGCACUCACGACAGAAGUGAAGGUGAAGAGGGAAAGGGAGAGCGGUGGGUUGAAAUAAUAUCAUGGGAGCCUAGAGCUUUUGUUUAUCAUAAUUUUCUGACAAGGGAGGAGUGUGAAUAUCUAAUCGAGACAGCCAAGCCACAUAUGCACAAGUCAACAGUUGUUGAUAGUGAAACUGGAAAGAGCAAAGACAGCAGAGUACGUACAAGUUCUGGAACAUUUCUUGCCAGAGGACGUGAUAAGAUUGUGAGGAAUAUUGAGAAAAGAAUUGCUGAUUUUACUUUUAUACCUGUAGAGCAUGGUGAAGGACUUCAAGUUCUCCACUAUGAAGUUGGACAGAAGUAUGAGCCUCACUAUGACUACUUUCAAGAUGAGUUUAACACCAAGAAUGGGGGGCAGCGUAUAGCAACUGUGCUGAUGUACCUUACAGAUGUUGAAGAAGGGGGUGAGACAGUGUUCCCAUCCGCGAAGGGAAAUUUCAGCUCUGUGCCAUGGUGGAAUGAACUUUCUGAUUGUGGAAAGAAAGGACUUUCGAUUAAGCCAAAGCAGGGUGAUGCCUUACUUUUCUGGAGCAUGAGGCCUGAUGCAUCUUUAGAUCCUUCAAGUUUACAUGGAGGUUGUCCAGUAAUCAAGGGCAACAAGUGGUCAUCUACCAAAUGGAUGCGUGUCAAUGAAUACAAAGUUUAAAAAUAAAUUACUAUAUAGGCUUUUGAAUUAUUUGCGCCCAUGUUGUUCCAUUUGAGAGCCUGAUCAAGUGCUUAACAACGAUUCCCUCCAAGUCUCUGAAGGAAAUAUUGUUAACAGCUCACAGCAUCACGCGGCAUUUUGUAAUUUUGUUUGUAUUGCUUGACUAGCUAUUUGUUUUUCCCCCCUCUUGUUUCCUUGUGUGCUUUCAUUUAUUUAGCGAUAUUAUAAUAAAAGUUUGACAUAUUUGUUAAUGUUGCAUUACCGAGGCUGAGGAAAAAUGUACGAGAUAAUACAUAAGAUGGUGAGUAUAUCUGCUUGCUAACUUGAGAUUUCUUCCA